ACACGCAAAGAAGCGCGCGCGCACGCAACACCGCGCUUCCCCGCUUUUACCGUUUUUCCGAUAAGCAGGAUCUUGUCUGUGAAACAAAUUUAACCGCGGGAUCUAUUUUACUCCUUCUGCACCUCGAUCCGUAAAAUUAUUGAGUGAAUAUUUUCAAAAUAUUAUACUUAAAUUUACACGUCAGGUUGUAAUAAAAUAAAGUGACUUAAUUACUGACCUGAAUUAAAGAACAGUUAAUUUAAAUGCGCAUAAGUGUGAAAUAUGAUAUGACAUAAUAAGUGAACUUUAAUGAUUAUUUUAUUCAGUAAGUAAUUGAUUAAAAGUGAAUUUUAACGACUGUUUGGAUAAACCUGAAAACUAAAGGAAUAAAGUCAAAAUGACGAAAGAUACGAAAGACAUUGAUUUUAAAUCAAAGGAUAUAAAAGAGCUUGACUUGAAGACAAAGGAGAUGAAGGAGUUUGACUUUAAACAAAAGGAUGUAAAGGAUAUUGACUUGAAACAAAAGGAGAUUGAGGAUAUAGAUUUCAAACCAAAGGAGACAUGGCGGAUUAUGAAGAAUGUUGUGAUCAUCAGCAUAGCUUUUAUGGUGCAGUUUACUGCGUACAGUGGUGCCGCAAACCUACAGAGUUCGAUCAAUGCUGAAGCAGGCCUGGGAACAGCUUCUCUGGCGGCUGUGUAUGCGGGCCUCAUCUUCUCCAAUAUCUUCCUUCCUGUCGUAGUCAUAAAAUGGCUGGGCACGAAGUGGGCCAUGUCUCUGUCCUUCAUCACGUACAUGCCGUACAUCGCGGCGCAGCUGUACCCGCGCUUCUGGACCAUGAUACCGGCUGGUCUGUUCGUAGGCUUGGGAGGAGGGCCACUAUGGUGCUCAAAAUGUACCUAUCUGUCUGUAGUUUCAGAAGUCCAAAGCAAAAUAACCAAUAUUUCAGCGGAAGCCUUACUGGUGCGCUUCUUCGGGGUUUUCUUCAUGAUUUUUCAACUCAAUCAAGUUUGGGGCAAUCUCAUUUCUUCAUUAGUCAUCUCAUCAGGUGACAACUUAGCAGCAGUGACUGCGGUAAACGCAUCCAUGAUACCAAAACUUUGCGGUGCCAAUUUUCUGCCCAGUGCUGACGCAGGAGAGGCUCUGAAGCCACAACCUCCAGAGAAGAUACAAAUGAUUGCAGGCAUUUAUUUAGCGUGCAUGGCUGGUGCUGCUCUCAUCGUAGCCAUUGGUGUGGAUUCAAUGAAAAGGUACAAGACUAACCGUGGCGAAACUGGUUCAGGAUUAUCAGGAGUGGCUCUGUUGGUGGUUACGCUCAAGUUGUUGAUAGAACCUAACCAACUCAUGCUGGUCAUUAUCAACAUCUUCGUCGGAAUGCAGCAGGCCUUCUUUGGUGCAGAUUUUACUGCGUCGUUCGUAUCAUGUGCCAUCGGCACGGGCACAGUCGGGUUCGUGAUGAUGACCUAUGGAAUGGCAGAUGCCAUAGGAUGUGUCGUUUUUGGAUAUUUGGCUAAGGUCACCGGUCGUCUACCCCUCAUCAUCGUAGCUACAAUCGCCCACUUUGUGCUCUUCGUGUCAAUAUUAGUAUGGAAACCGCAAUCUGACCAGAGCCAUAUCAUGUUCAUUAUAGCUAUCUUUUGGGGUCUUUGCGACUCCAUUUGGCUUGUGCAGAUCAAUGCUUACUAUGGAAUCCUGUUCCCCGGCAGAGAAGAAGCGGCGUUCUCUAACUUCAGACUGUGGGAGUCAGUCGGUUACAUCAUUGCCUACAUCAUAUCUCCCUACUUUCGAACAAGCGCCAAAACUUACAUCCUACUGGGCAGUAUGAUUGUUGGAGUUUUCUUCUAUUUCAUCGUGGAAUAUAGGGAUAGGAAGUCCAAAAAAAUGUUAGAGGUAACGCCUGUGGACAAGUAUGUUGGCGGGCUUGACAAUUCCGCGUAUAAUCAUGGUGAAAAAUGAGUGAUGACAUUAUGUAAUUUUAGUUACACAGUUUGAUUGAGACGGCUCGUGAGGUAGGGUUUGUCAACCAGUGUCUCCAUUUACGUAUAAAAAAGUGGACUCUUUAGUUUGAAGCUUCCGGGAUCAUAAAAAUGGCGUAUGGGCGGAGCCUAAAUAAGUUUUAGGGCUGGCCUUAUCGAUACUAAAAUGCUCGACAAAAAAUUGUCAUAAUUUUAUUUUGAAAAACAUUAUAAUCCUCUAUAAUCUAUGAUCGAUGCCUGUCUCACUUUCCCGAAAUCUGCACUUUACUCCAAAAGCCGUCUCAGUCUGCUAUUUAACUGUAACUAGAAACUGAAUUAUUAAUAUAAUAAUAUAAAUACUAGAACUGUAAUUGUAACUAAAUUGUUAUUAUCAAAUAUAACUGAAUAGGCAAUCGUUAUAAAAUAAAUAAUUUAUGUAUGAGUGAGGACUGUAGUGUAGGACAAAAUCUGUGUUAUAAAAUAAGUUAUUGACUUCGUUCGACUUUUGAGUUUUGACAAGGAUAAAAUUACUUACAAUUUAGCAAUUUUAUCAAUGAGAUACUUUCUCACAAUCACGAUAUUUUAAGUUAGAAUUACUUAACUACUUAAGUUGACUAGAUACCUACCUAUAUUAUAAUUUAAGUUUGAUAUUUAUAAUUGUUAAGCAGUAUUUUAAUUAAUUAAGUAUAAAUAAGUUCUAAUUUUAAUGUAAAACCGUGAUAUAAAUAAUUAUAAAUAUUAUGUACUUCCUAACCGAUACCUACUUUUUAACCGACUUCUAUGACUUCUAUCAAAUCCUUUUGCAAUGUAAACUAAAUUUUAUU